UAAACCGGAAGUAAAUUCAAAAGCUUUUCCAAGAUUGGAAAUUCAACCAGUCGACUCACACACGUGCUGGCCAUGCAAACGUGGCUCGAGGACUUACUGACAGUUUAACAUGCUGCAAGUUUUAACGUUUCGGGAAAGGUUUAUUUAUUUUUUUAAUAUGACGUCCAAUUGAUUGUCGAGAUGAUUCGACCAAGAAAGAAGAAGCCUAUUUUUUUAUGCUGCAACUACAACCUGCUAGCGUUAGCCGAAUCUCAAGCCUGAACAUAUUCAGACGUGUUCUGUGGCACAGCGUGGGGCUUGCUACCAUUCAAACUCGAAACAUCUUCCAAAUCGGUUAAUGCAAAGAAAAUGGAUUACCACUUCCCACCGCAGCUUUUCCCCUCGUUCUACAACAGUGGACCACCAGGAGGCUCGCAGAAACCUUGUGCUGAAAUUUGGGGCAGUUACGAUCUGGUCCAACCUCAGGGCGGCUCUGGACCUCCAAGCAAGUGGACCUUUACAUCCAGACAUCAGGUGAAAGGGGAGAUUUGGCGUCACAGAGAACCGGCACCGAUUCCCCUCCUCAAACCAAAUAACUCUCUCAUUUGGUCUUCAACUCUUCCUAAUCCACUGGACUUCACAGAGCAUAUGCAGAACUUCUACAUCGAUCAUUGCCAAGAUGCCUUUGGAUGCAUAAGUGAAGUUCUGGGGGACAAUUUCUAUUUUAAGCAUGGAAGGAAACAGCGUCAACACAAGGAUGCAGUUCACACGUGGAAGAUCAAACGGUUCCUUGACCUGCUGAAUUUUCCACUAUGUCACCGCUCAGAUUGCUCCACAUCACUUCAGGCCUACGGUGCUUUGCUGUCAGAUGUGGUGCAAAAUGUCCCGCCGGAGCUCCUGGGCUCGCUGUUGUAUGAGGAACUGACGGAGCAGAGAGACCGCCAGCUGUUCUAUGAAGGAGCCACAGGGGGCGCACUCAACUUCAUCCCCUUCUGCCAAAUUGGAGACUCUCAACAUGGCUGCCUCCUCUAUCCCGGAAACCGGGGAAUGGACCGGCUCAACUUCCACAGGGUGGCGUGGGAGCUCCAGCCGGACAAAUGUUUCUCCUUGAACUCCAGCAAAAGCAAACCGUUCGGCUUCCAACUGAAAGGCCCCAUCCGGCAAAUCAGCUCGGCGUCCUUGUUCAACAUUUGUUGUGUCGCUGUGCGCUCGGAUCGUUUGUGCGGCCUUUGGAGAUUUGGCGACAGAGAAGAACCGCGUUUGCUGCAAGUUGUAAACACCAAAGAGGUUGCCACUUGUGUUACUGUCAGUCCUCACGUUUUAGGUGAAGUUUUGGUGGCAAGUGAAAGUGGAAUCGUCAACCUGUGGACUGUUGGCAAAGGAAUCCAAAAGGUUUGGGAGGACGACAGCAAUCUUUACUUUAAUGCUAAGUCGUCAUGGCGAUGGUGUGAAUUCUCCGCCCAUCCUCGGGUGAUGCUCUACGCCGACAGGACCGGCGCGGAACUCUGCGAUAUCAGGACGAGUCCCGCCUCCAAUCGCACGCUGUUUAGCAUCAGCAGCACCGCGGCGUGCAGGGCUGGAGAGAGGCUUCUCCUCUCGAAAUAUCUGGCUGAGGUUCACGCCUUUCACCAUCUCGUCACCACUCAGUACUCGGCCUACAUUCUCGACGAGCGCUUCCCCCGCCUGCCGGUGCUGAAGAUGGAUCACAUGAUGCAUUCCCCGCCCAUGUUCUGUCACGUCCUUCCCGGCGUAUCGUCAUCCGGGAGCGGAGCUCGCAGCGCAAAGGUUUUCCUGGCUUCCCAGAGCUCUCAGGAAGUCACGCAGCUGCAGUACUCAGGUGGCCGAACGGAAGCGUGCGUCAGCGUGGGCCCGCCGCAGUCGCUACUCCGGCCUCGCGACAGCCUCCAGCACCUUCCCGUCCAGAUCCCGCACCGCCAGGACACGGCGGCGAACAGGCUGUCCUCGUCGUCCGCGGGUCUAACGUGUAUCCAAAGGAGCGCCAGAGACGGAAGCUACGAUUGCGUCUGCGUGCUCCAGCUGACCCAGGCAGGCGAUAUUUUCUACCAGAUCCUUGAACACGAGCGGCCGGACGGCUCCUCGCCCCCGGCGACGGAGGACGAAGCCCCCCCCGAAACAAACUCCCGGAAGCCUCCGCCCGCAACGCUGGAAAGUACCCCGGAAACGGCGAGAGAAUCUUCAGCGCCUCGCCUCGCGCCUUCUCAGUUGACGGUUCCCGACACGUCCGGCGACGAGGACGUCAUUCCGCCGACUCAAGGCGGAGUCCUUCACGGAUUUGUGGCCGAGACACCGGAGAGAAAACUCCACGGGGAUUUCGGGAACUCGGACACGGGUUCUGAGGAUUCUGAGACACGAUGGAGAGGACGAAACCUGAAAGGGUUCAACCUGCAGUUGUUCGUCAAUGAUGAUCAAGCGCCCGAGCGCCGAUUGAGUGCGGAUGGAGAAAAUGGAAAUGCGCCAAGCGGCGUUCGGGACGCGCACGCUCAUCGACCUCACCGGCAGACUUUGGUCAAACUCGGCGAAGAUGCUCUCGACACGUGGAAAGUCUGGCUCCAAAAACUAAUGCGCAAGAGCCGCAAAAAGAAGCCGUGUCCGCGCCGCCCGCACCAAGUCACCGUCAACGCCGGCGCUCUCUUCGGUCUGACCGGCGACAAAAUUAAAAAAGUGUCCCAAGAGAGCCAGAGUAUGAGACGUCAACUGAGUCUGUGCAUGUCCGAGCGCUCCCCUCUGGUGACAAGCUCCGCCUCUUCCGACGUGGUGCCGUUUCCCGAGCAGGUGGACGCGGAGGCGUGGCCCGACGAUCUCAGUCGGCGUCUGACCCUGGCCUGGCGAGGCGAGGACAAGUGGAGAGCGUGGUGGCAAGACCGGCUGGGCCUGAACAAGGAAUUCAAGAGGAACGCGCUGCGAAGACGCAGGAGGAAGGAAAGGGAGGCCAGGAUGCGAUCCGCCGGCCGACGGCUGGCGCUCUCCGAAAGCUUCACUUCGUCAAUCACCUACCAGUCCGAGCUGGAUGAUUUCUCGGACUUUCGGGGCUGGUCCUCCGGGGCGGCCUCGGAAACGGAAAGGCUGGAGACGGAGGGCGCGACGGAGAGUGAGGCGCCGAGAGCAAAGACGCCCGCCGCCGUGCUGGCGGAAGCCGACUCGCCCGCGCCGAUCGUCCUCACCCCGAUGAAGACCGUCCAACUUGACUCGGCGCCAUCCGGUCAGAGGAGAAGCAAACGCCCUGCGGAGGACUUCCUCGCCUCUCUCUUUGGAUCACAGGACGAUCCCGCUCAACACGACUACGACUUUGACGCGGAGGGGCCUUUAUGGGGGCCAGUGCGCCACCCCUCCCAGUCUCUGCCCCUCUCCCAGAGUUCACUGGGGCGGCCUUGCUCACAGUCUUCACAGCCCAAGAAAAAGAAGGCGCGUAUGGGAUUUUGAAUUUUUUUUUUUUUUACAUUUUUGGCUGAAAAACAUUUUGAGUCCCCUCCCGCCCCCAUCCCAUCCCAUAUACAGCAUUCAGUUAGAUGUGUGUGUGGUUUUUUUUUUAAACAAAAUCAAGUCAUUCCAUCAGUCACGGAUUUAUGGAACCUGAAACCUUCCCAACCCCCAAAGCAACCAAUGUGACUUCAGGGACAGAAUGCCUCUGCUCUUUUUGCGCGUGGUUUUUACGACCUGGCGACCUCAAGAUACGAUGAAAUGGAUUACGGUUUUUAAUUUGCUCACAAGCCGGAUGGAUCUUCCACUCCCCGGAACCCCUCACAAGGCAGAAGACGCGGUGCAUGCCGGAUUCGGUAGGACCAAGAGACAUUUUUAUAUUCAAUGUGUGCGGGCGCGCGGCAAUGCAAUGUGGAGAUGUGGACAAUCCGGUGAUGAAUUGAAUCGUGGAUGCUGAUAUUUGCAAUCGGUAAAGUGACGAAUUCCAUUUGAUGAAAUGUGCCCGUUCAACCUAUUUCAAGAAACCGUUUAAUCAGCUACUUUGGUCAAUUUGUCAGAGGUUGAGAGUGACUUUAUCUUCAGCAUAACUUCUCAUCUCGUCGCAGUAAUUUUCUCUUCCAACACUGAUCAUGGCUGUCGACCGUUUGUGGGUUUCGGUCCCGUUUUUGAGAAUCGGUACAGUAGAAACUGAUCUGAGUUGUGUUGCAGCUGUACUGCUAAAAAAAAUGGAAACGUGGACUCGUCAGACCACAGAAAUUUGCAUCAGUCCAUCGUAGAGGAGCUAAAUUUAGGUUGCCGCUUGACUGUAAAGAUAAGAGAGCCAAAGUGUUUAAAAAAUAACCUUUUUUAUAAGAUGUUUUUUUUUUCCAAGUACAUGUGACAAAAGAAUAAAUUAACGUCAUAUCUACAAAGGACUAUAAUUUUUUUUUUUUUGUACAUCAUUUACAAUUUUACAUUUUUCUAUGCAUUUCUGGAUUUUUUUUUUAACAUGUUAAAUUCAGCAUCAGUUUGUUCCACACAACAUUCUUUUUGGGACAAUUUUCAAAAAACAUUUUUUAAGCUACAUCUAAAAUUGGCAACUUUAACUUUGGGGUUUAAAAAAAACAAACAAACAAACCCGCA